GUCGACGAGUCUUACCUUACGAAGUCAUUCUCAUCCGGUAGAGAGACUGAGAAGAUAACGAUAGAGGAGGUUGUACUCCGCUAUAGUCUGAACGAAGAACAGGAACGGGCUUUUAGAAUAGUCAGUCAACAUGCCAGCCAUCAAAAUGGACAACAGCUACGAAUGUAUCUUGGAGGAAUGGCAGGGACCGGGAAAUCACAAGUCAUCAAAGCUCUCAUGUAUUUCUUCGAGAAACGCAAGGAGACCUAUGCAUUUGUUGUACUCGCACCAACUGCAGCAGCGGCUACGCUUGUCGCUGGAUCAACGUAUCACUCAUAUCUAGGAUUCGCUGGCUCAACACCAUCCCAGUCCCUAAGUUCGCUUCAGAAGGUAAGAGAGAGAUUGCAACACGUAUCAUACGUGUUUUUGGACGAAAUAUCCAUGGUUGAUUGUCUUAGCUUUUAUAAUAUGUCAUCGCAAAUGUGCUUGGCCCUCAAUAUU